AUGUUUAAAAUAAAACUAGAGCCUUUAAAAAUGACAGCUUGGACUAUGAAUGUGUUCGUAAAGUUUCGGAAUAAGUACUCGGCUCCCGGCAGCGUCGCCGUCAUGGGGAAGGACUAUUACAAGAUUUUGGGCAUCCAGAGCGGUGCCAAUGAAGAUGAAAUCAAGAAAGCCUAUCGGAAAAUGGCCCUGAAAUAUCACCCCGACAAAAAUAAAGACCCCAAUGCUGAGGAGAAGUUCAAGGAGAUUGCAGAGGCUUAUGAUGUCCUGAGUGACCCCAAGAAACGAGCCGUGUACGACCAGUAUGGGGAGGAAGGUCUCAAAACUGGAGGUGGCUCUUCAGGUGGCUCAGGGAACACCUUCCACUACACCUUCCAUGGAGACCCUCAUGCCACCUUUGCGUCCUUCUUUGGAGGCUCCAACCCUUUUGACAUCUUCUUCGCCAGCAGCCGGUCCCGGAUGUUCAAUGGCUUUGACCAGGAAGACAUGGAUAUGGAUGAUGACGACGACCCUUUCAGUGCCUUUGGCCGGUUUGGCUUCAAUGGCAUUAAUGGGGUUCACCGGCGGCACCAGGAGUCCCUGCACACGCGGAGGAAGGUCCAGGACCCACCUGUCAUCCAUGAGCUCAAGGUGUCCCUGGAAGAGAUCUACCACGGAUCCACCAAGAGGAUGAAGAUCACUCGCAGAAGGCUCAACGCUGAUGGCAGGACCAUGCGGACUGAGGACAAGAUCCUAAACAUUGUCAUCAAACGGGGUUGGAAGGAGGGAACCAAAAUCACCUUCCCCAAAGAAGGGGAUGCCACUCCAGACAACAUCCCUGCAGACAUCGUCUUCAUCCUCAAGGACAAGCCUCACUCGCACUUCAAGAGAGACGGGACAAACGUGAUCUACACGGCAAACAUCAGUCUUAAAGAGGCCUUGUGCGGCUGCACAGUGAACAUUCCCACCAUCGAUGGACGGGUGAUCCCACUUCCCUGCAACGACAUCAUCAAGCCAGGGACAGUGAAGAGACUACGUGGGGAGGGGCUGCCCUUCCCCAAGGCCCCCAGCCAGCGAGGAGACUUGAUCGUGGAGUUCAAAAUCCGCUUCCCAGACAGAAUAGCUCCCCAGACAAGACAGAUCCUCAAGCAGCACCUCCCAUGCUCCUAGAGCCCAGGGACUCUCCUCCAAAGCAGCAAUACUCCAAACGCAUGUGCCACAGUACCUGGCCUGCACAGAGCCAAGGUGCCACAGCACUUUUAAAUGCAAAAAAAAAAAAAAAAAAAAACAAACCAACCCCUCACACUACAUUUUUCCCCCAAAAACCCCAUUCGACCCACCCCCUAUCCAUCCAUCUUGGCCAGUUUUUUACUCCAGCAACAGGGAGACUCCUGUCUACCACA